AGAUAUUAACACUUUAAUAUUUCACUGAUUACGAAUAAAUUAAAUUUCCUGCUCACAAGAAAAACCAAAAUCUACAUGAAUAAAAUCGUGCACUACUUAUGACCGAUUUGGCAGGCUUCUUAAUCAUUCAGAGUUUCUUUCCCAGCUCUGUGUUGUUCAAAAUGUUAAAAACAUGCAACAGCUGAGCUAAAGCUUUGAGAAUGAAGUUACCAUAAUUUUACACAACAAUAACUGUUGCGGUGACAUUUAGUGUGCAAUUUAACUCAAGUAGGUAGAUUAGGUAUGGUUUUUUUAAUUAGUGGGAAGUUUAAAUUUAGGCAUUGAAAAACGUUACUAGGUAUCUUGGUUAGGAGUUACCUACUUUCAAUAAUUUUUGUUGCAUGAAUCCUGUUCUACGUGAAAUUUUGAUGAAAAAACAAACAUCAAACUUUAAUUCACACCGUGUCUAGUGGUCUAUUUUGUAGCAUACCCAGCAAAUCUUAGACGUACCUCCUUAUCAAUUAAGUCUUGACUGAUGAAACAAUUGAAGUUUUCCAUUGAGUGACAAUCAUUGAAACAAUGUUUACCUAUUUCUAGAUGUUGAUCUUACUGAUGAUGAAGCAGUGAAAGCUUAUGUCAAGAGCUGUAUUGACAAUAAGGAAAAAAUAGAGCUGAUAGUUUGGGCCAAGCAUUUCCUGACUAAGCCGCAGGAUCGGAUCCCGCUGCUUACAACAAUGUAUGAGGAACGUUAUCGCUAUAACUCUCGCCAUUACAACUUUCUGCAGCCAUCACAAAUUAAUGGGAUGACUCUGAAAUAUUUUGGUAUUCCCAACAUUUGUGGCGAAGUCUCAAGACAUUUCCUGUCAUCGCACUCUGAUCUGGACAAACUUUUGAAGAAUGCCAAAAAAAGACAAAAUAAGAGAACAGCAGAGAAGAAAAGAGAAUUUCAUCGAACUUUCCAAAACUUUGUCCCCGACUUUGGUUUUGAUAAAGAACAAGAGGGAGCAAGAGAGGAGGAGUUUAUGGCGGAGUGCUCCACACUCACUCAACAAUCUGAUGAUAGUGAUGACUGGAUGUCUUCUUCUGUGUCAACAAAGUUACGACCUGAUGAUGAUUCUUCAAAAAGAACAGCAGAAAAUGGUAUGAAUGCACCAAAGAUAUUCCCAUCCUUUAGCUAUCGGCAACAUCGGGAAAGCCAAAAAACCCUUCCUAUGAGGAACCAACAUCUUCCUCAGAAUGUUACACAAGAUACUUGUAACAAUCAUUUACUCAAUAAUGUCUCAGAAAAGACAACAAAUAAACAAAAGGCCAGAGGCGGGGUUUUAAAGACCCUCUACAGCAGUCCUCAGAGUAUAGAUUCCGUAUCAGAGGUUGAAACAGUUUCUAAAACAUGCAAUCAAGACUUUGAUGUUGCUCAAACGCAAGCCUCGUCAAGCACACUUUUGACCGAGGAUGAAGGUUUGCAUAAAUACAGGAAGCAAUUGAGAAAAAUAGGUGGACAACAAAACCACACUUCUCAAAAUCAGGAAUUCCAAAAACCAUUACAUCCAGCACCUAUAAAGCGAAAAUCUUCCAUCAAGAUAAAUGCAAAGAGAGGAGACCAUUUGCAGCCUUUUGCCACAAACUCAAGUACAGGACGUAAUAUUUUAACUGAAAAAUUUGACGAAAACGAAUUGGUAGUGGAUAAAAAAGUUGUCACAACAAACUUCAGAAAAACGGUGCAUUUCCAGGAAGAUACAUUUGAACCAAAAGCUGAAGAAACGAUGUGUGAGCUCUCCAGAAUGCAAAUUAAAGAGACUGGAAAAAUUCACCAACAAAUUAAAAACAAAGAUGAAAACAUUCAGCCACAGAUAAGGAAAAUUGUGCAAAAUAUUCCUCCUCCCACUGAAGAUACUGAUUUUGAUAAGAAGGCUUUGAAUACUGAUUUAAAGGGGAACUGCUUGAAACAAAGUGCAAACAACAGAGAAUUUAAUGAUUGGGCAACUAUUACAACAGAAGAGGACAGUUCUGAUGCAUCAAACUCGAGCAGUGAAGAUGUCAAUAAAGUAGAUAAAACGAUACAGUUGCCACAGUUUGGUAUUGAUAUACUAUCCGAUUUGCAAACAACCGAGACCAACAGUCAGAACAUCAAAUAUUCAGCAACAUCUGGAGCUAAUGAACAAUGUAAUUUGAAUUUCACUGCUCCACAAGAUCACUCCUCUACAGUUGAGAAUCAGAACAGCCAAGAAUGUUAUGAAACAAGGCAGGCCCCUAAAUUUGAUGGCGCAAUUGCUGGUAUGGCUAGAGGCAACGAAACUAGUUCGAUUGUUAUGUCAGAGACUGAUGAUGACAUGGCAUCAGACUUGAACUACGAUGUCAAUCUUCCAGGAGGUCAAGAUACUUAUAUUUUGGAGUCAGACGUUAGAAGAAUGACACGAAACAUGCCUAUCUCCGUAUCUGACCAUAAAGUUGCUGAUACAGUCAAGAAUAACAAAACUGGUUCAACCAUCAUGUCAGAAAGUAGCGAUGACACGGAAUCAGAAUUAAGUUGCAACAUCAACAACAUUUCUAGAACAAAUGGUCGCAUUCUUUCAGAAUCAUCUGAUCUUUCCAGUCCAGCCACUGAUUCAUCUUCGAGUCUUGAUUCGAGUUCCAUCAUAGAUACCAGUCAAAACAUGAUGGCAAAAUGUGAUAAUAAAGAUGGGAAUCUUCCAGGAGGUCAAGCUACUUAUAUUUUGGAGUCAGAUGUUAGGGGAAUGACACGAAACAUGCCUAUCUCCGUAUCUGACCAUAAAGUUGCUGAUACGGUCAAAAAUAACAAAACUGGUUCAAACGUCAUGUCAGAGAGUGGCGAUGACACGAAAUCAGAAUUAAGUUACAACAUCAACAAAGUUCCUAGAACAAAUGGUCGCAUUCUUUCAGAAUCAUCUGAUCUCUCUAGUCCAGCCACUGAUUCAUCUUCGAGUAUUGAUUCGACUACCAUCAUAGAUACCAGUCAAAAUACGGUGGCAAAAUGUGAUAAUAAAAAUGGGAAUACAACUUCUGUUCAGACGGAACAAAUAAACUCUCAACAUGCUCUCAGAGGAGUAGAUCAAUAUACUGUAACUUUUCAGAUAUUAGAUGCAAAGAAUGAAGAUCACCGACCAUUAGAAGAAAAUUCUACUUUUAAGAGGGAUGAUUCAAGGUUAGAGAAUGCACUUAUACCAGAUAUGCAGCGACAGGAAUUGACACUACAUGACCCCUUUGAAGCAGAACGGGUUAAAAGAAGUCCUACAGAAGAGAAAUCUCCCACCUCGACAAGUUCUCCAGAUUCUUCUCUGAUGGUUACAAAAUUUAAGGCCCUUGAACCCCCAUCAAACCUUUAUGAAACUCAGUCAACACUUGUAUCUGAGUCAGAUGAGUCAUCAGUUCCAGAUCAAAUCAUUUCCAGCAGCAGUGAGGGCAGCACGAUAAAACUCAUGUCUGAUGAUAGUAAGUCACUUACCUCCGAGGAGGGAAUUAUUCCUAGGCCCCUGUCGGAAAAAUCUACACUUCUACGAGCUACUAAUUUACCUUCAAACUUUCCCAAAACUAGAGAUUUUUCAAUUUUUCAACAAGGUCCUCCCAAUUUACCAUCUUUCCCAGAGCAGGAUCAGAAAAAUUGCUCUCCAAUUCGAAAUUUGACCAAACCUAAGGCUCCUGAAGAGCAGACUGAAAGUGAUGGAAGCCAAACGACAAGUGUUUCCACAUCAAAUCAGUCAUCCGCUCUUGAUCAAAGUGUUACCGAUGAGGGCAGAGAUAUAAACCGUCAACGUGAUACUAUCCAGUCGAUUGUUCCUCAUACAGACAUUACUUUUAAGGGCAAGCCUGGUGAAAGAACACCUCGACAUGGUUUGAUUGGUUAUUCAUCAUCCAACUCUGAUGAAAGCGAUAUUGGUAGCAUAUCGUUCAUGACAGCAAAACAAAGCAGAGGAGCUGACUUAAAAAUGAAAACAUCCUCUCUACAGGUGGAUCGUUCAAAAUUCAAAGAUUCUCUCGACUCAAUGUCUUCAGAAAACAUUAUCACAGAUUUUUCUCUGAAUGAAAGUUCAUCAGACUAUCAAACCCCCAAACGCAAAUUUGAAUUUGAAAAUGUUCAUGAUUUAACUGUGCCACAAAAUAGGAGAGUAAAAAGAGAGGGAGCAUCUUCUAGUUCAACAACAUCAUCAGAGCAAAUUCUUUCAAAUUUCUCCCUGCUUCAAAGGGCAACAAGCACCCCAGACCAGACUACUAGAGGACAAAAAACCUCUGAAGAUAUCAAUGAUCAGACACCACCUUCAAGUAUAUUGAGUUCUCUCAAUAAGAUGUUAGGAAUAGAAUCUUCAACUCUUAUGAGUAAAAAGAAAAAUGUUGAUAGAAAUGGCACGCAUCUGGCAGGAUUCGAAAGUACUCUAUCUCCUGUGGUUUCAGAAAAAAGCUUCUUCAAAUCUUUGGGAGCGGAAACAGACUUUGAAGAUUUUGAUAAUGUUAUCAACAGCCAAAUUAGCCGAGAGGCUUUGAAUAGCCAUCAUUCAGAGAGGAAUGCACAAAUAAAUAAAACAGUGCAACAAAAUAAAAAGAAAUUUGAGGUGUUUAGUCCAGAGACUGAGAGUAGCUCUUCUUCCAAAGGCUCAGAAAAUUGGCACAACUCCUCCACAACAUUGGUAGAGAAAGAGCAAAGAACUUUUGACGCAUCAGAAAAGGAUGCCUCAAGCGACGAUAGAGAAUCAAUUUCGUCAUUUGUAUCAUCAAUCACUGAUCAAGCGAGAGUCUCCAAGUUGCAGCAAACGGCCAAACAAGAUGAUCCUUUUGAGAAAUUUUAUGAGAAAAAUUACCAAAAACUAAAAAUGGAUGCAUUAGAAGAGCAUAGAGAUGAGGAUAAUGUGAGAAAGAAUUUUGAGAUGCUGAGUGUAGAGACUGAGAGUAGCUCUUCUUCCAAAGGCUCAGAAAAUUGGCACAACUCCUCCACAACAUUGGUAGAGAAAGAGCAAAGAACUUUUGACGCAUCAGAUAAGGAUGCCUCAAGCGACGAUAGAGAAUCAAUUUCGUCAUUUGUUUCAUCAAUCACUGAUCAAGCGAGAGUCUCCAAGUUGCAGCAAACGGCCAAACAAGAUGAUCCUUUUGAGAAAUUUUAUGAGAAAAAUUACCAAAAACUAAAAAUGGAUGCAUUAGAAGAGCAUAGAGAUGAGGAUAAUGUGAUAAAGUUGUAUGAAAACUUACGAAAAGGAUUUUCUUCAGGAUACACUAACUCAGCUGCUAAUAUUCCUAGACAUAAUAUUCAGGAAGAAGAGGAAAACUCACUUUUCUCUUUAAGUGAUUCGACAGAAACAAAACAGCUCAAAAAGAGAAAAUAUUCUACGAACAAGAACAUAAUCAAUGAUGGUCAAUUUAAAGGCAUAAAGAAAAAUUCUCACCGUCACCCAAUGGAUUGUGAACCGGCAGGGACAUCAAAGAUUGUUAAGGAAAAAGAUAGUGAUGAACUUGUUUUUGCAGACGUUAAAAGUCCUAUUGAUACAAGCAACUCCACAUCGACUGGAUCUUCCAACAUGCAAGAUAUAUUUAGUCCUGAACAUUUUAAAGAACUGAAAAAUGAAUUUUCAAAUAAAGAUGCUAUUACAAAACUGUAUGAAAAAGAAAAAACUCGACACUUUUCCAGUAGUUCAAGUUCUUUGAAGAACUCUCAGUCACUUUCCUCCCUUACAUUCAGCGAUGAUAGUAAGAGUCAAAAAAGAAAGAGAGUAAGAAGGCGGCCGUUGAGGGAAAGGAACACUUCCUUCAAAAGAGAAGAUACCUCAAGUGGAACUAACUAAAUGAAUCCUCCUUUAAUAGUGGUGUUCAGAUAAUUUUAGAUGUAACACAUUUUUUUUUUAAAAUCUAUUUGUUAAAUCAACUUAAGCUUACAAAAGGACACAAAUCUAUGGUGUAGCUUUUGUGAAAACAUUAAGUUUCCAUUCUUCUUCUCAAAAUUUGUAAAUUUUAGUAUUCAUGUCUUCAAAAUCGAAAAAAUUGAUACAACUUAACAACAUUAUGCCACAGAGGAAUGAUUCUAUUCACAAAAAACAAAAAAAUGCGUAGUAACGAAAUCGUUACACCAGGCCAUAGAGGGUUAACUUAUCUACAUCUCGUACAGUUGGAUUGCAUUUUGCAAAAAGGAACC